AUGGUUUUGACUAGCUGUGAAGUGGUUUGGGUCAAUCGAAAUGUUGUAGACAGCUUUCAUGUUGGGAAAUAUGGUUGUACGUAUUAUUCAAGUGUUUGUACGAAUUCUGAUGCAACAUGUAGAAAAUCUGAUGGUCUGUGUUUGUGUGGUAUUUUGAAACCUAAUUAUAUAAACCCUACUACAAGAACUGGUGAUGAUAAAGGUCAUGGCUGUGUAUACAGCUAUAGCAUCCGCGCUGGACUAGUUGGUGAGUGCUAAUAGUUCAUUUCAACUUUAUAGCUAAACAUUUAAACUUGUUUCAUAAGCUUCUGUAUCAUAAAUGAUUGGAUUAUUAAAGUUUUCGCAUUAAGGCAAAGUGUUUUAAAAUCUAUUCUACAUGAUGCACGAUAAUAUUUACGUGUCAUUAUUCUGAAACACACCAAUCUUGCUGUAAUUACGCUGUGGAAACUGGUAGCUUACAAUAAGCUAUUUCUAAAGGUUGCAACCAAUACUAAUAGGUUGAUUUAACCAAUUAAAUAGGUUAGAACCAAUAUAAAUUGGUCAAAAUAACACUGAAUUAUUAUUUCGUCAAGUGUGCACGAUUAGUCAUAACUAGUGAAAAUAUAGGUUUAUUUGGUCCUGCAAUCGGUGGUUAAAACCAUUAUUAUUUAGUCAACUAGUGAGUAAUUAGUUAUAACAAUAAGUUAUGUUAACCAUUAUUAUUAUAACCAUAUAAUAUUAUGCAUGCAGUUUAUUAAGGCCCGUUUCAUACGCCGUACUUCACAUGUGCCGAAUACAUUAAAAACAAUAGGUAAUGAGACAUUUCAGCUCAUUACCUAUUGUCUUUAAUGUAUUCGGCACAUCUGAAGUACGGCGUAUGAAACGGGCCUAAGCUUACUUGUAUAAUGUUUCAAGUUGCAUAGUUUCAAGUUGCAUAUCGAAAGUUUACAAUAUUGACCAAUAUUGAAAUGUUUUUGUGUUCAAACAGUUUUCUCUGCACUAACAUAGGCGUACGAGCGGGGGGGGCAGACAGGGCAACUUUCGAAUGAUGUUCUUACAAACAGUGGCGGAAAUUCACUUUUUCCGGUGGGGGGGGAAAGCCUCCUAAAUUUCUGACAAAACUUUCAAAUUUCCGACAUACCCCCCAUUUGCACUUGAAAAGACUGUUUUUAGCCCUCUUUUAGGUCAAAAUUUCCGAAAAUUCGGCAAUUUUCCGUGAAGGUGGGGGGGGGGCGGCCGCCCCCCUGCCCCACCAAGAUUUCCGCCACUGCUUACAAAACUCCUUAAUUCCCAUAAAAUAAAGCAAACUGCCAACUGCCUCAAUUUAAAUACAAUCGUAAAACCAAUCCCACGAUCCUUGUUGCAUCAUCGCAGGCCAAUAUAGAGAUAAAAUUGCAUGAAAGACAGCUUGCAAAUCGUAUAGGUCUGAUAGCCAGAAUGAACAAUAUGAGCGAGUGACCUGGUCAAAAAAUCAAUCUUAUUUUAAAUAUAUAGGAGUAUCCAAAAACUGCGCGUUGGGCCCUUUUCAAUUUAUUCCCUACAAGAAGAACGAACCAGCUAGGAAGUUCUUUGACAAAGAUAAUCCAACCGUAGUUAUGAAGAGUUGUUUCUUGAGAAAAGUCCUGGUAAAGUUUCCAGACAAGGCCAGAGAAAUGGAGCUGCAAUGGUUGGAUGAAUCUUACGUUGAUUUGAACGUUUCUAACAAUGACAUGUAUUUUAAAGUACGUAAAUGAAUUCAUUCAUGUUUGUCUUUAAAACUAUGUUUAAAAUUUGUUUUGUUUUUUUUUUCUUUCCAGUGGAAAAAAUCAGUUCCAAAUUUGCAAGGGACGAUAAUUACGUUCAAUCUCUACUGCGAGUUGAAGAUUCCAGGGAUUAAGGUUUACCACUCUUACCAAACAAAAUGCCUGCGAGCAAAGGUUCUUGGGAAAUGGUCUGCAGGUAACUAUAUAAAAAAGGAGAGUUCAAGUUAUCUGUAACAUCAAAGCUAUGCAAGUUUUGCAUAUAAUUAGAUUCAAGCUGUGUUACCUGCAAAACUGCAUUUGGUAUUUGUGUGACAAAAUGCUUGCAAGCAAAAGUUCCAAGAAAUGGUCAGUAAAUUAUCUUUUCUAUUUAAUUAUACAUAUACAUAACUAUAUAAAUGCCCCAUCUUCGUCUAGGCGCUGUCUCAGAGCCAACAAAGGUCUCUGUACCAAGUGAGUCAACAGUAACUUCCAACCAACCUAAAUCUUCACAGACAGCAACAAAAAUAACUUCGUCUGUGACAGUAAAGGUCUCUGUAUUAACUGAUUCAACCGCAAAGGUCUCUGUUACACCUGAGGCAACAGUAACCUCCACCAAACCUAAAUCUCCACAGAUGACAACAAAAACAACAUCGUCUGUAACAGUGACAUAAUGAGCUGUCGUGCUAUAUAUAACCCGUGAUUCAUCUUCAGUUAUAAUUUCCUAGUUCGUGCUUUCUUCUUUAUUUAUUAUCAGUGAGAGUUAUUUAAAUUAUUCAUUGUAUUGAGAAAUUUUUAAAUGCUUCAUUUUAUAUAGACACCGUCUCUGUACUAACUGAGGCAACAGUAACCUCCACGAAACCUAAAUCUUCACAGAUAACAAAAUCAACUUCGUCUGCACCAACUGAGCCAACAGAAGUCCCUGUACCAACUGAGGCAACAGUAACCUCCAGCCAGCCUAAAUCUUCACAGAUAACAACAAAAUCAACUUCGUCGGCACCAACUGAGCCAACAGAGGCCUCUGUACCAACUGAAACCGCAGUAACUUCCAGCCAACCUAAAUCUUCACUGACUUCACAGAUAACAACAAAAUCAACUUCGUAUGCACCAACUGAGCCAACAGAAGUCUCUGUACCAACUGAGCCAACAGUAACCUCUAGCCAACCUAGAUCUUCACAGAUAACAAAUUCAACUUCGUCUGCACCAACUGAGCCAACAGAGGCCUCUGUACCAACUGAAACCGCAGUAACUUCCAGCCAACCUAAAUCUUCACUGACUUCACAGAUAACAACAAAAUCAACUUCGUCGGCACCAACUGGGCGAAAAAAGGUUACUGUACCAGCAGACUCAGCAGUAACCUCCAUCCAACCUAAAUCUUCACAGAUAACAACAAAAUCAACUUCAUUUGUAACAGUCACAACAGCAGAACCAAGUAUGUUUUAUAGAUAACUUCUUUACUUUAUUUCUUAUGUGAUUUCGUCUUUAUAUAUUAUUAGUGGGAAAUUCUUUAAAUGCUUCAUUUUAUCUAGACACCGUCUCCACACCGACUGAGGUUUUUUCACCAACUGAGCCAGCAGAGGUCUCUACACCAACUGAGCUAACAGAAAUCUCCACACCAACUAAACCAAUAGAAAUCUCCACAUCAACUGAGCCUACAGAGGCAACAAUAACCUCCAACCAACCUAAAUCUUCAGAGAUAAAAACAAAAUCAACUUCUUCUGUAACAGUAACAACAGCAGAACCAAGUAUGUUUUAUAAAUAACUUCUUUACUUCUAUUUCAUUGUAAUGAUGUCAUCUUUAUUCUUACUCGUGCCCUUUUGUAGACCAUAUAUAGCUUACCGCGAAAAGGGUUAAGCGGUCAGGAUAUUGUAAAUGAUAUAUAAUAUCAUCGUAUUAUAUAUCACCUGGAUUCAUCUUCGGUUAUGAUUUCCUAGUUUGUAUUUUCUUCUUUCCGCAUUAUUAGUGAAAGUUAUAAGAAAUUUUUACAUACUUCAUUUUUUCUAGACACCGUCUCUGUGCCAGCAGUAACCUCCAGGAAAUCUAAAUCUUCACAGAUAACAUCAGAACCAACUUCCUCUGUAACAGUAACAGCAGCGACAACAGCAGAACCAAGUAUGUUUUUAAAUAAUUUCUUUAAUUCAUUGUAAAGAUGUCCUUUUUUUUCCAAAUUCCCCUAGGCAGUGUGGAACGUUUUAACUUGAAAAUUCCGCCUCAUCCUCGGACAUUACAAUAAACAAGGAGCUUUCAGCACAUGAUUAAAAGUCUUAAAAAAGGGAAACUAUUCCUUGUGCUGGUCUGAGACUUAACUCAGUUUUCAAAGCAAGCCCUAUAUUUGCAUUAUGUCGCUGGCUUUCGUUAAUACUACAUUUAGGGCGCAAUUUAAUGCCGGUUACAAGAAUUUGAUGAAUCCAUUUGCUUAAUGGACAAUUGAUCACUGGUAAAAAGAACUGAACCUUUGAUGUCCAUAUUUGCAUGUACCGCACACAAUGGCCAAUUAAUGCUUUAUUGAUAUAAUCGUAAAACUGACAAUGCAUGGUAAAUUCUUCUUAGGAACAAAUCCCACUUGGUCAACUCCUGUAGUAACUAAGACACCGAUGACAUCAGCAUUGAACCAAACUGGUACCAUGACAAUGUCGCAGCCUACCACUUCAGCUCGUUCCAGUUCUCCGGAUGAAGGAUCGAGCAGUGAUGGCGAUUACAGUGGAACAAUUACUAUCGUAGCUGUUGUGGCAGCUGCAGUAUUUUUGCUAGUGUUGGUUGUCGUUGUCGGGUGCUUGUGUAAACGCAAGAAGAGAAAUAGGUGAGCUUUCUAAAGACAUUAAUGAAUAGCUUUGGUUCAGUAUCAUGCAAUGUGUGACAUAAUAUCGACAAAAUGGAAUCAGUAUCUCCCAUUUAUUUUGUUAAAUUUAAAGUAAUUACAGUUUUGAUGCUUUCUUUAAUUAAUGGAUCAAGAAAAAGCUUCGCAUAAUUAUAUCUAUAAGAAUAUCACCAGAAAAUGUCACACUUCGUGUACUUUGAUAUUUUUACAACAGACCAAGAAAGCAAUCAAGUCGCGGAAGUUCCUGCAAAGACGACGGUAUGCGGAAUUAUGUAUAUUGAAGAACAUGUACUACCCCUGCAUGAUCUAACCAUGCUUAACUCAGCAGUGAGCAUUUAAAGAUAACGCACAUUGGAGUACAUGUUCUACCUCUGUAUGAUCAAGCCAUGCAUGCUUGACUCAGCAGUGAGUUCUGUAUAACAUUAGAUGACCGCUUAAGUAUGAUCUAACCAUGCUUAACUCAGCAGUGAGUUCAGUUGAGUUCUGUACAACAUCAGAUCACUUUAGGAUGAUAGCCGACAUUCUUGAACUGACAUAUGAACUCUGAAUGAUUUGCAGACCAUGCAGCAGUGAGUUCCAGUGGCGGCAAUCUCGGUGGGGCAGGGGGCGGCCGCCCCCCGCCCCCACCUUCAUGGAAAAUGACGAAUUUUUGGAAAUUUUGACUUAUAAGAGGGCUAAAAACAGCCUUUUCUAGUGCAAAUGGGGGGGGGUUGUCGGAAAUUUGAAAGUUUUGUCGGAAAUACAGAAGGCUUCGCCCCCCCCCCACCGGAAAGAGUGAAUUUCCGCCACUGGCGAGUUCUGUACAACAUCAGAUGUCCUAACUGAGAUAGUUGACUGUAGAACAUGUAACUCAUCCAUCAUGUCAAAAACACAUGCCAAACACAAACGUAUCUGUGAUUAGUGCUUCCCUAACAGUGCGUCUUAUUUUCUCAAUUCAGGUUCCACAAGCAUGAAGCAGUUCAGAUACACAGAGAGUAAUAUUCAAGGACCACAUGCUUAUGAAGACGCCAAAGUCACAAGCGAAAGAUUUGCUGCUUGCUCUAACCCUCUUUACACAGCGCUAAAUAACCAGCACAUUGUCGUGAAAGAUCCAGCGCCAAAUAGUCAACGCGUGAUCGUAGAGGUUAACUAUGCUAAUGCAACGCCAAAUAUCCAGUGCAUGGUUGCGGAAGCUAAAGAUUCCCAUGCUUAUGCAACGCCAGAUAGCCAACGCAUUACGGUAGAUGCUAAUAACCCUGCCUCUGCUUUUACGACGCCAGAUAGCCAGAGUGUGGUUGUUGAAGCCAACCCUGCUUAUGAAACGCCAGAUAACCAGAGUGUGGUUGUAGAAGUUAACCCUGCUUAUGAAACGCCAGAUAGCCAGAGUGUUGUUGUAGAAGCCAACCCUGCUUAUGAAACACCAGAUAACCAGAGUGUGGUUGUAGAAGUUAACCCUGCUUAUGAAACGCCAGAUAGCCAGAGUGUGGUUGUUGAAGCCAACCCUGCUUAUGAAACGCCAGAUAGCCAGAGUGUGGUUGUAGAAGCGAACCCUGCUUAUGAAACGCCAGAUAGCCAGAGUGUUGUUGUAGAAGCUGACCCUGCUUAUAAAACGCCAGAUAGCCAGAGUGUGAUUGUAGAAGCCAACCCUGGUUAUGAAACGCCAGACAGCCAGAGUGUGAUUGUAGAAGCCAACCCUGGUUAUGAAACGCCAGACAGCCAGAGUGUGAUUGUAGAAGCCAACCCUGGUUAUGAAACGCCAGCCAGCCAGAGUGUUAUUGUAGAAGCUAACCCUGGUUAUGAAACACCAGAUAGCCAGAGUGUGAUUGUAGAAGCCAACCCUGGUUAUGAAACGCCAGCCAGCCAGAGUGUUAUUGUAGAAGCUAACCCUGGUUAUGAAACACCAGAUAGCCAGAGUGUGAUUGUAGAUGCCAACCCUGGUUAUGAAACACCAGAUGUUGAAAUGAAAGAAACUAACAGCACCAAUUAUAACCCAGCACCUCGACAUGAAUCCGUCGAUAUAAAAAAGAGGGAAGCCAACGAAGUUGAUUCUCAAGUAGAUCCUGGAUAUGCGAAGCCUGACGUCAACAGGAAAGACGUCGAUCAUGUUAAUUCUUAUACGGAGCCUGUGUAUGAAACUCCUGAUGUCAAAAAGAUAGAAAUCAAUGCAGCUACUUCAGAAUAA